GCUUAACAAAGGAGACAACAACAGAGGGAUGAUGGUUCCUCACACAGCAAGCCUGUCAGAGAAACAGUAACAAACUGAGCCAGUUCUCAUGAACAUUGUGGAUAUUUUCUUUUUAAACUCUACAUUUAAUCAACGUUUUUUCCUCAAGUUUGUCAAGUUGGAGACACACUGAAGUAGCUGCACUCCGGAGCUGUUUGAACCUCAACCCCUUUUCUCUCUUGCUGAAGCUAAACUGCAUUGGACUGUCAACAUUGAAGCCGAAUGCCAGAAGAGCAAGAAAUAGACGUGUUCGUGUAAUAUGGUGAGUUUUAUUUUUCUUUUAUUUGUGUUAAAAGUGAGUUAAGUUCAUUAGUUGUAGACAAGCAGGUGCGGUUUGGUUGAGUUUUGACGGUUUAGCCGGUUCGGCACCUGUCCCCUUUAACAGAAAACCGCCGUAAUGUUUGAAAAUGUGUCUUAUUUAGUCCAAGAAAUAUUGUCAUUGGCCUUUUUAAUAAGGAUUAAUUAGACUUAUGCUGCUUACCCAUAUUAAAUCUUGCAGUUGGGUAUCUUAAUAUAGGCUUUGUAAACCAGGUGUGUAACAGAAUUGGUCCUUUGGAGGGUACAUGUAACACAACAUAAUCAAACCUCACUUUAAACGUUUUAUAGAUAGCGUACAGUAGAAUUUACGGUAAUUUAUAUUUACCCUGUUCAGUGCAUUUCGCAUCACUUAACGUAGAUUUAUUUUAUUUACUGGACUGUAAUAUUUAUAUAUCUGCCAUUUAAAAAGACUUAAGCUGCAUUAACAUACAUUUUAAUUUAUUUCUGUAUUUAUUCCUCUUCCCUAAAUUCCCACUCUCAGUUUGUGUGUUGUGGUGUGUGUCUGUGUUUGUGUUCUCCUUUCCGACACACCUUUUCCGUCCUCUCUUCCUGUCCAACGUGGAGCUUCCAUACACAUCACAUGUAAUGUAAUGGUUAGACUCUUAAAGCCCCCCUACCCUUUUUAUUUACACUCAUACACACACUGACCCAUUAGUCUCGGGAGCAGAUGGUCUACUGUACACACACUCUCACACUCACACACAAAGCAUUGUGUUAAUGGACACCCCCUUUCAGCACUUAAGGAUUGUUCUCAUGCUGGUCUGAUUUUGGGAUCACACCAUAUCUGAUAUGUAUUGGCUGUACCAGGAUAAAUACUCUCAGUGGAAUCAAUGAGUGUCCCACUGACCCGGUCGGGGUGUGUAAGGGUCCACUAGACUUUGAGAUGUAGCUAUUGAACAAACCAGGUCAAUAGAGCAAAGCAGGACAAAAGAUGAAUGAAGUCUGAUGGGUGGGCUGAUUGAAGGAAAGUAAAGUCUGACCUCUCGUUCAGUCUAUUAGUGUCUUUGCACUCUUUCAAAACGUGUCUAUAUGUGUGUGCUUAGAGAGCAAAUGUGUCUUUCUGUUUGAGGUUUUUAUGUCACCCUUUGGACAAUGAUAACAGCCAGAGGGCCAAAACUGAAACCAGAGAGACCCUAAUCCACCCACACAUGUACACACCUCCAUGGCGUCAUAUCUCCUGUUGUGUGUGAGGCUGUAAAACAAACCAACAAAGGGUAGUCUGAAAUUCUCUUUUAAUUUAGAUAAUCGUCCUGUUGUUUUCAUGCUGUUAAUUCCUCCUGUGCUCGUUCAGUUCCUGUCUGAAUUUCUGAACGUCUGUCUCUUUAUUAUAAACCUCUCUGACUGUGCAGCGUGCAAAGCCCUUCCAAACUGGUCGGACGAGCUGGUGUGCUUUCCUUAGUUACAAACAGCCAGUGGUUGUUGACUCUCUAAGCUGCAUGUAAAAGACGACUCAAGAGCUCAAAAAUAGUGUAUUGUAGUGUGUGUGUGAUGCUUUUGUUUACCUGCUGCUGUUGACCCAUUUCUUUGAAUUGUUGUCUUGACUCCAUGUUAAAUUACUUGCACUUUACAUGAUGGACCGGCCUCUAGAUAAACAAUAUGACCCUUAACUCUUACAGAAUUUGUCACAGAUAGACAAAGACACCCUCACUGCAUUUAAAAUUUAUUCAUUAUUUAUAACUUAAUUUCUUAUUAAAGUGUCUUCUGCCAAAGAUAGUGGACACUGGGGGUUUUUGAGCGGUAUGCCAAGAUAUUUAAACUCAGUCACUCGCUAUUUUAAACCCAUUAAAAGCAUAAAUGUACAUAUUUUUAAAAUCAAUAUUCUUUGCUCAAGGGAAUACCAUUUACUUUGCUUUCCUGCCAUUUAAAAGCAGCCUGAGGUUGAGAAGAGCAUCUUGAAAAGUACUAAAAGCAACUUGCACGUUCUGGAUAGCUUCCUGUACAGAAUUAGCACUAUGGAAAAAAAUCCUCAUUGGAGCUUUAAUAUGAAUAUUAUUAAAUCAUUUAUCAUUGUCCUGAUAAAUUAAUCUGGUUUAUUUCAUGUAUUUUAACACCCUUUACCCUUAUAUCGUGUCAGUAGUAUAGUUCAGGCUCCCAUAAUAACUUGUUCCCAUAAGAUGAUUGUUCCCACGAGUGUGCAGGAGAUAAUGAACUUGUGCAAACAAGUUAAAAAUGAUCACCUGGGACUACAGGGGCUGUGCAGAGAGCAGAACAUGAUAUUAUUAAAGGCUGUAAUUUGAUCAUCUUACAUUCAACUCUGCACAAUUUUACAGUUAUAGUCUUAAUCCUGUGCAAAUUGAGACUGCAACCAUUAAUCCAAAGUAACCAUAACAUUUUUCCAGAUGUGUCAAAACAAAGAUAUUAAAUUCUAACAGGCCAAUAUGAUUUAAUCUGUUUUGUCUUUACUUUUAUAAUGGAUUAAUCUUCAUAGAGAAUGAGGGCCACUUUACAGAAAAGAAACCUUGAGAUUUCAGGACUAAGGGUGUACAUUUACAAGAACAAGGAUGUAAUAUUACGAGAAUGAGGUCAAAUUUGGAUUAGAGAAGAUAAAGUUUAGACUUUGAUUUGUCCUUUUUAUUAGGAGCAGCAACUAUCAGAACCAGAAUAUACAACAUGGAGUUUCUUGUUGUUAUAUUUAAAGCUCCUAUGAGAAGUUUUUUUGACUUUUCUGAAAUAGGCUGAAAUUCAUAUAAAUGCCUUUUUAUGACACCCAGAAGCAAACCAGACCAUCAGUGACAUGACUGUUGACUUUUAUAUCCAUAUUUUAAAUGCCUGAAACCAGCAUGAGGGGGGUAGGUGUCAACCGACCUGCUUAAGAAGCACUCCUAAACAUUCACACUAAAUGAAACAUUUACUGGCAGAAGUCAGCAAGAUAAGAUUGCUAAUCAGGACACUGAUUAGCAAGGACUGCUUUGUCCACAGAGGGCACCAAAAUGGACACAAACCAUAAGUUUCUCAAGAGCUUUAAGUUCUUUGAAAGUCUUUAAGCACAUUAGCACCACAUUCUCACAGGCAUCAGGGUUCUGAAACGAUCGUGCAAAAACAGAGUCCACCACGAAGAAGGACAGACCAGCAGGAAGCCUGCGGACACUGCUGUGCUGUUGUCUUCAGCUGUUGAGUAUAACUUUACAAAAUGAUUCGCGGACGUCAUUUGAGUGCAGGCGGAGGGCUGCUCUGAUAUCACCCACAUAUAGAAUAACCACAGCCUGAAGUUAGUCCUCUUCUUUGAAUUACAACUCUAUUCUCAUAUGAUCAUGACUAAAAAAAAAAGCAGCUUUUAUCUCUAUGUGCAACUUCUCCUUAUUGUUAUUCUUGUAAAAUUCAAACUUGACUCUCCUAAUAUUAUGAUUCAACUACAAAUCUCAAAAAUCAUCCUCUGUCAUAUAAUCAAACAUUUAAUCAAUAUUCUUUAUUUAAAGCUGUAGACAUACUUAGUGAUUAAUCAGGUACUAGAAGACAUUAUCAGUACAUCUGUUGCCCAUGUAACCAUCGCAGCUGUAGAUGAACUCCAUCGAUCAAAGACUUACAGAGUGUAGUGACAUCUUCUCCUGCAUGACUCAGUCAGAGGAUGACUAACCUCGGUUCGGUCUGGUGUGGCUUUGCAUCAGCUGUUACACACACAUCAGACAAAAACACAGCUAUGAGAAUCUGCAGCAUGAGCAUUUGGUCGACCAGAAUGGAAAUUGAAUUUCUUAUUAUGGUCAUCAUGUUUCUUUUUUUAGAAGCUCUAAGAGCAGACAGAAGCUGCUGCCACGUUUGAGCGCCUCAGCUCAACGACUGACUGCAGAGUCUUGAAAAAGGAGAUUUGUCUGUGCUCUGAAUGAGUGAAGUUUAAGCGGAGGAGCAAACGUGUGCAGGCUUCUUGACAAAAAAAAAAUAUAUAUAUAUUUCUGGGUUUAUUGUUUGGCUGUUUAAUCCUAAUUAAGAGUUUACUGUAAAAAGUUUGGCAGUGUUCUUAUUUAAGGUCAACCGGCCUGAGCAGCAGUGUACAGGAAGGAGUGAUUAUGACUGUAGGCCUACGCUUGUGUUGAAACAGUGGUUAACGAUUAAUUGAAUUAAGCCACUUUGCCAUUAAUAAUAUGAUGGUUGUGUACACUGGUUCAAACAUUAAUUAACCAUUUAUGUAGCUACUUCUUUGUUUCCUAUAAAAUCUGACAGAAAGAAUCUUUAAAAUGUUUUCUAAAGUGGAAGAGUUUGAUAUUAUAUCUUUGAAUUCUGGUUGAAUUCUGCCUCCAUGUUCAGUUUUUGCUGACACAUAUCAGCCAUUCAAGCUUUGAAUUUUCAAAAUAAAAGUCUUUUUAGCACUACUUGUCUAUCUGUAUUUGUGCCUAGACUUAAGGGAGCUCUACUCUGGAAAAAUCAAUGAUCAGGAGCCGUAGCUUUAUUUACCGUCUGUUCAUCAUCUUGUAAACACUCUUAGGAAUGUGCUCUGCCUCUAUAUGAUUGGUCUCUCACGGUACAAAGGUCAUUCACAUGAUACUUCACUUCAAUGGGAAAUCUGUAGCGCACCGGCCUCGUAGUCUGGGUUAAGGAUUUUACUGUAAUGGAACAACUCAAGUGUUUACAGCCCAGAGUGAAUGUUUAUUUCAGCCGCAGAAGAUCACUGUUAUUACACCUAACCAUGGCUUUUUAAAGGGGUCACAGAGAACAGCUAACCCUGCUGAGCACAGCCUGGUUUUCUUCUACAUUCCCCCCUUUUAGUGCGGGUAUAAAACCUCUAAGAAGUAAAUGAAAUAAAGCACUUUCAUCUUGUGACUCCAAACAUGCUCUGGUUAUGACGUUAUGUACGUGGCCUGAGGUGGAGGUCUGAAAAAUCUCAGGUCUUUUAGGACUCCAGAUGUCCUGAUCUAGAACAACAGCCUUCUUCGAAGUUGUUAAAAAAGAACUGCAAAGAUAAUCACAAGAAAGCCUGUCAACGAAUCUCAGAUUGUGGCUUCACAUGUAAAAAUAGUAGUAUGAAGUCUUUUAGGAAUACAUGGAAAUAAAUCGUCUGAAGUGAUGUGUUUUAUCCCGGCUGUCAAAGCUGCUCAUAAAAGCACUUCGAGGCUGAAAAACAAAUUCAAGAGAGACAAAAAAAUAAGCAGAGUCGACGUAAUCCUCAUGUUUGAACUGUAGCAGUGAUAGAACAUACAGUAUUAUAUAAAAGACAAACAUAUGAGACUAUAACACUGUGUUAGAGCCUAAAAUACUUAAAGCUCCAGUCAGGAGUUUUCUAUCCUUUUAAUUAGGGCUGGGCAAUAAACAGAAAUAUUUACCGGUACCGAAAUUUAAGACAAUAACCAAUGUCAUUUUACCCAUGUCAACAUAUUUGGUAGGGCCCGACUGACUCCACCCCAUCGUCCAUUUAUCGUUAUCUGGGUGAACUGCUCAAUGUAUCGUGAUGUUGAUUUGAAGCCAUAUCGCCCAGCCCUACUUUUAAUGCUGCAUUGUGGGUAUUGUAGGCAUCAGGUUUGACUAAAAAAACUUGUUCUCCAGUUCAGCUGCAUUGAUUUUUCUUCAUGUAUGAAUUAUGACUGACAUAUGUGCUGCUCUGAUAAUGAAUUUCUGUUUCCCUUUACUCAUCAGGUGAUGAUGAAACGCUCACCUUUUCCUGACCUCUAAUUGGUCAAGAAGAAUUCCAGUCAACAUGUCUCUCCAGGAACCCCCUCAGCGGCCCCUGUCCCCUCUACCCCUCAAACAUGAGCCCAAACCCAGACCAGAGAUCCCCCCGAAACCAUCCACACAGCCGAGCUCCCCCCCUCAGGGAGUGAGGAGCAGCAGCAGCAGCUCCAGCCUCUCUGGAGGGAAUGUCAAGAGGAUCGUGGACAAGUUUACCAAACAGGAGUCUGUUGAAGCCAGAGAACAUCCCACCAAUGGUACGACAGAGGUUAAGAGGAGUGGGCGCUUCAAAAGGCCGCCAUCGAUAAAGCCCAAACCGAGAAGGAUCAGUCUGCAGCUGGAGAUCGGGGGGGAACAGGCGCCUCCACUGCCUAUGAAGAGGAGCCGCGUCCCGCAGAAGCAGAAGGAGAGCGUGGGAGGAGAGGAGGGGGACAGCAUCAGUGUGGAGGAAGGAGGAAGAUCAGGUACCCUAGUUUUUUUAGAUUAAACUUAAAACUUAAAGACCCUGUGAGGAGUUUUAAGCAGGUCAUGAAACAGCCUGAAACUGAUACUGGUGUUUCUAAGACAACCAGCCUGAAGAGUUUCUGAUUCUUUUAAGUUAUUUUGAUGCUUCGUGUGACCAUAACAGACUCUAGGGCGAGAUCAGAGGUAAAUCUCAUGGUUCAAACUGAAAGAAAAGCUGUGUCUAAUCACAGACCGACUGUUGUGUUCAAGCUGGUGUGUGUGCGUGUGUGAGCGCAGUUAUUAGUGAAUCCACGGUGCGGUUGAAUUAUAAACACGCAGGUGUGGUGCCGCUGGCUAAUCUCAACCAGCAGUCCUAAACAGGUUGAGUCAGUCAGCUGAUCACCUGUCUGUAAGUGUACAUGUUGAAAUAGAGAGCAUAUGUGUGUGUGUGUGUGUGUGUGUGUGUGUGUGUGUGUGUGUGUGUGUGUAUGUGUGUGUGUGUGCAUGCCUCUGAGUUAUGUGAAAUCAGGAAGUGGUGCACACCUAAGGUAUGAAGAGUCAGGCCUUCACGUUGAUCCCUGCUGGUCUCUGUAGAGCAGCUGUGUCUUUGCCUCAUGGACAGGUGAUUUCCUCUGCUGCGUCACAUCACAUCACUCAGCUUUCUCAUGAACAAGCAAAAGAGGAAGUCGUUUAAUUUGACAUUUGAUUGAUCAAUAGAAACGCGUGUGUUUCCUCCCUUGUCGCUCACAAACCGGUACUCUUACUUCUUUGUUUUGGUUCCCCGUUAGAAGCAGAAACUGUUCAGGGCGGACGUCAGGAAUGUGUGACAAUCCUGUUCCAUAUCUACUUUAAGAUCUGAGUGAUCUUUGUAGUCAGGAUUAGGGCUGGGCGAUCAACUGAAAAUUCACCGAUAACGAAAUUUACGACAAUAACCAACGUCAUUUUGCCCAUGUCAACAUAUUCGGUGUCAAAAAAAUAAGAUAAAUAAAAGUUGGUUUUGGAUGUGUGUAGGUAGGCUAUGGUCUCAUACCUCUUUAACCCCUUUCCAGUCCGUAACGAAGAUGGAAAGACAGGUGAGGAGAUGGAGGACGGUUCAAAAGUUGUAGCAGCUGAAGUAGACGAAGUUAAUGUGGGAGGGGCAGAGCAGCUUGUGGAGUAGUUAUCGUCCGUUUAUCGUUAUCGAGGUGAACUGCUCAAUAUAUAUCGUGAUAUUGAUUUGAGGUCAUAUCGCCCAGCCCUAAUCUUGACUCUGAUCAAUCAUUACAGCUGUAUAGAGUGGAAUAUUUACUCCUCAACAUCUUAUAACUUCAUAAUCUUUGCAUCUUUUCUUCUUCUCCAUCAAAGUGGUCUGUUCUGGCUGAUAUGGAAAGUGUUUGAUUUCCCCUCUUCCCCCCAUCUCUUCCAUUCCCUUUUGUCAAUAUUAGAUUUUUAUUUUUCCACGCAACUCUGAAACCCACCCAUUAAUAUUUGAACACAUCCCUCGCUGCAUCAUGAUCAGCUGGUGGCUCUGUCCAGUGUGCAGUUUGGGGAUCUGAAGACACAAAUCUUUUUAUUUAUAACUUUUUUUUUCCCUCAGAAUUUGUAGAAAAGUUCUAAAUUAAAGACAAUAAUCCUGAAAAAUCCUCCAAGCUGCACAGACAGAGCAGUUUGUGUAACCUUCCUCUGACUGAAAGCUGAAAGUUAUGAAGUUACCACCCACUUAUCAAGUAGGCUUCUGUUUUUCUUAACUCUGGGUGUGACUUUUUCGACUGGGAAAGCAUGGGUGUAGGUCUGUGAAGUCACUCUUGAUGUCUUUUUAAAGUGAUAUGAACAGAAAAGUCACAGAAAAGACGAGUUUGCAGCAUAUCUUGUUUCCAGAUUGAUAAUCCAUGAUUGGAAACGACUCAGACAGUGAUUUGAAAGUUUUGUUUUGUCCAGUUUGAAUCAAAGAGGCUUAUCCUCAACUCUGCUAACACCAAAAUUUUGAAGCUUAAAUCUAAAAAAAACCUUCAAGAUUUAGUAAAAGAAAUAAUUCUGUGUUUAAUAUCUUUUUUUUUUUUUUUUCAAUGCAGCUCCUGAUGGAAAAGAAGUGGAGGUUCAGCCAAUAGGAGGAGGUGAAGCCGAGUCUCCAGACACGCCCCUCAGCCCCUCCUGUGACCCCAGCUGCACCUGCGUGUGUCACCUCCAGUGGCCCGGCAUGAAACUAGUGUGGGUGCCUGUGGACGCUGUGGAGGAGGAUGUAGGAGGAGGUGGAGAUGAGGAUGAGAUUGAUGGAGAGGACGACUGGGAGGAGGUAGAAGUGGAGGAAGUGGUGGGGGAGGAGGAAGAGGAGGAAGAAGAGAGAGGAGGGGAAGGGGACAGCAGGGCUGGGGAGGAGGUGGAAACGACUUCUGUGGCUGAUGAGGCGGAACUUUUGAAACAGGAUAAAGCGAAGUUUCAUCAUUCUCUGGGGGUUUUGUUAGCGGACGGUCACCGGAGACGCUCAGACCCCGGCCCUCACUCCAUUCUGGCCUCCCUCUCUGUCACUCGCUCUCAGUCUCCUCCCAUCCCCCCGAAACAGACACAAUCCACCCACCAUGGACCCACAUAUGAACAAGAGGAGAGUAUUUAUGAGGCCACACUUCCUGUGAUCCAGCCUCUCCCCAGAAAGACUCCUCCGGUGUGUAAAGAACUGGACAUCCCUCUUAUCAAAGUGCUGAAACCGGCCCGCCGCUCCAAACUGUCCUACAGCACCUCGGACCCCACAUCUGAGUUUCAGAAUGAACUAAAACCCGUCUCAAGCCCUGAGGAUGUUCCCCCCGCCAUUCCCCCCAGGAUUCCUCUAAGUCAGCUCCCUCGCAGCCCCACGCCCGUUCAGAGAGCAGGUAUCCCUCUCCCUCAGCCCACAGUGGAGGAGUGGCGCAGCCUGCGACCGUCAUCUCCCAGCAGCUCUGUCAGCAGCAACCUGAGCCCCCAUCGAGCCCUCACUCCACCUCCAGCCAGCCCUCACAGACCCCCACCUCCCCCGCCAAAGACAGACCCGAGGAGGCUGAGCAGCGCCUCGCUGCAGUCCCUCACACAGAGGAAAGGUUGGUACUAAACAAACAGCAUCACCUCUGUCUGAGACAAACUCAUUUUCAGUGUCAUCAUAAAGAGAGAUAACGCAAUCUUCUCAUGUUUGUAGAAGGAGGGGAGAACGGAGGGAACGACGGAGAGAGAGAGGACACAGCAGAGGAGACGUGAGUGAUCACAUCAACAACCUCCUCUCAUCUCAUUUAUAUAUUUUCAUGAGGCUGGAGAUGUUUUCAUUAUGAAUCUAAUUAACAAUCAGCUCAUUCUUUUAUGCAUCACAGCAGCUUCAUUUCUAACACAGACAGGAAGAUACAAAGAUAUAAAGAGUAGAAUAACAUUUCAAACACUGAGCAGCGUAUUCAGAGGUCUUCAGUCGUCUUUUGAUCAGGAGUUCGGCUCUAUAUUCAGUUUUUGAAAGAACUGGUGUACAAAAAAGUGUUUUAGACUGACCCAGUAAACUGUUGGACCCUUUAUCUCAUGUUUGAUGGAAAUCGUUUAUUCUCAUUGUUAAAAGCAUGGUGAGGAUUGGAGUAUAUUUUUAUCAUGGGCUGGGUCAUAGAGUCUCUGAAGUGGUUGACCAACAAUCUUUGAGCAGAUUUUCAUCUGGUGGAGCAGUUCGUACUUUAAAGUGGUCCUGUGGGCAGCAGUGUGUCUAGACUCCUAAGACUGGAGUGACAAAAGUGGGACACUGACGUACAGUGGGGUGGCUGUAGCCUCUCUGUCUUUACUGUCUACUACUACAACUAAAUUAAUACUACUGAAUUUCCCCUCGGAGAUCAAUAAAGUUCUUCUUAUUCUUAUCAUUUGAGUAUUAUACAGUUGAUCUAGUCCUUUGCUGUUGUUUUAACUUUAAAGAGACGCACAUUACGAUUCAUUUCUUAGUCGAAGUCUGUCAUGAAAGGAAGAUGUUUUACUAAAGUUACAAUAAAAUGUGUUAUAGAGGAGCUUUUCUUUCAGUGUUGCCAACCGAGCGACUUUCCUUACUGAGGAGAUGGCAACACUGUUUUCUGAGCACUUAGCCUCUGAGUCAUGGGUGGAGACAGUGCUGCUCUGCACACUUCUUUUUACGCUAGCUUGUAGACUAACAUCACUGGUGUUGUUGCAGAAGCAGUUCUCAUCAAGGCUAUCCAGCUCUCGGACACUAAUGUCUUUAGGGCCAUGAUAAAAGUUAAUAUCAUAAUUAGCUUUCUUACGAGCAUUGCAAUCCGCUAACGAACACGCUUGUUCCGCGAUUGUCUUCUAUUUCUCUGAGUCUGACCUUCAUUGGGAGGCUAUAGGAAAUCGAACUUUAUGUGAGUCUGCCGUUUGGGUCCAAUUACUCAAGUGAUCGAUAGAAUAUUCGGUAGAAUACUCGAUUACAAAAAUAUUCGAUAGCUGCAGCUAGUUAUAUUUAAAUAUGCAAAGCUAAAACUGUUGAUUUUUAAUGUAAUUGCCUCUGAAUCAUAGCUUUUAAGUGUGGGGUGGCAUCUGAGGUGGGUUUCAAGGGGGGCAAGAGCCACCCCUGAUCACCUCUUUAGACACACCCCUGCCUGUCAGACCAUCAGAACCAAGGAGGUUAAAAACAAAAUGAGAAAAUUUCUGAAAUGGUUCUUCCCAGGAUAAUAAAUGUACUACUUCUACAGCCAAUUUAUAAAAAGAUACUCGCUCUACUUUUUCUCAGUGAUAACAACAGAAGCUUUAUGAGAGUCAGAUUGUAAACUAAGUAUAAUCACCUCUGUUUUCUUUGUAGUUAUCUCCUGUAGGAGUAGAUUUCUCUGUAACAGCUUUUUUUUGCUGUUGUAAUCAUUCAAACUAGCAUACAUGCCAGUGUUUCAUCAUAAUGUGUCAUUUUAGCUUCAUAUUGGUCGAUCAUUCACUUUUCUUUCUUUACUUUCUCUUUCAGGUGUUUGGAGAGGAGGGACUCCCUGAGGAGGCAGGCGUCUUUCAGCUGGGAGUCUCGGCUGCAGGACGGUAAAGAUGAUUAAAGUUGAUGGCGUAGAGUAACUACCUUUAACUAUAUCAGAAGGAGUGGCAAAAAAACAAACUUAUAAAUUCUAAAUAUAUUUGUUUUAUAUGUCUUGUCUCUCUUCAGAACCUCUGUACCAGACCUACCGCGCCACCGUCAUCACCAAGGAGAUCAAACGCCAGACAGUCUGCCGCAACAUCAGCAAAACCAGCGCAGACUACGCCGUCGACUGGACAGCCCGCCGCUCCGGGACUGGAGCCGGUACAGGUACCGGGACGGGAAACGGGGCGCUCAGGAGCAGCCCUGUGCCCACGCCGACUCAGAGCACCCUGUGGCAGGACCUCCAGAACGUUCGCGAGAGCGGCGUGCUGGAGCAGCUCACCCCUGAGCAGUGCAAGUACCAGGAGGUGAGGGGCUAAGGGGGAGACGCUAAUGCACCGAGGAGACAUAAUAAUAUAAGGAAAAUCGAUGAGGAGAAAGGAGAGAUGAUGUAUCAAGAAUUUUAAAUCAUAUCUAAAGUCAUAAUGGGACGGUUUUAUAUAAAUCAAGAUCCACUCUGCAUCGCUGCACCGCACACUCAUGGUAUAUAAUAUUGAUUCAGAGCUUUUAGAGUCUCAGCUGAAACUUUCAAAAACAUCAGGGAUGCAUGUUUGUUCUGAGGCACACAGAGAUGUGGUUUCUCUUUAUGAUAUCUCCAAACUGUCUGUUGUAAUCCUGUCAAAUGAAAGUAAAUACGUACUAGAGGACAAGUCAAGACAAGCUCAGCUGAUUCUAAGUAAGAGUGAAACUUGGAAAGUGUUUUAUCCAACAAUGCUCUCACACCACAGUUUCAUUCAGAGGCCCAAAGUUCAUGUUUGUAUUCUUCUCCAUGACAGAGCAUGUUUGAGGUUCUGACAUCGGAGACCUCGUACCUCCGAUCCCUGCGAGUUCUCACCGAGCACUUCCUGGACAGCCGAGAGCUGGAAGAGACGAUGAUCAUCCGAGACAAGAAAACCCUCUUCUCCAACAUCCUGCGGGUCAGGGAGGUCAGCGAGAGGUGAGAAGUGGCAGCAGCGGAGGGGACUAGGAGGGAGAUGAAAAGACAAGGAAAUAGGACAGUGAUUUAUGAGUUGAACUACAACAAGGUCACUCAGUUAGAGAUAGAGUGACAGGAAGGAAGAGCAAAAAUGUUCUGAGUCAUUUCCUGAGUCUUUUCCAGGCCCUGGUUCUCGUCUUUGUGGGUCAGAAAGCAUGUGUGUGUUUUUGACUGAAUCUCUGCUGUGUGACUGCACAGGUUCUUAAAAGACCUGGAAGACCGAAUUUUCAAGGAGCUGGUCUUCCACGACAUCUGUGAUAUUAUCCACUAUCACGCCCAGCACAACUUCCCCGCCUACAUAGACUACGUCCGCAACCAGAUCUACCAGGACAAGACUUUCACCAAACUAUUGUAAGCAAGAUCCACCCUCAUGUUUACUGAAUCAACCACCUUUUGCACUUUCUAUAUUUCAGUUUAUGCUUAUACGAGUCUUCCUGAUGUGUUUUUUUGAGCUUUUCUAAAUAUCUAAAAUUUCUGUGUCUGCAGGAAGAAUAAUGUGCAGUUUGCCACAGUCAUCACUCGUCUUCAGGAGUCGCCUCAGUGCCAGCGGCUGCCGUUCAUGUCCUUCUUGCUGCUUCCUUUCCAGCGGAUUACACGGAUCAAGAUGCUGAUUGAGGUGGGAAAUGUCUAAUGGAACAAAACAGUCUGAUCUGAUAGAUUCAAUAUUAUACCAUAUCGUUAGGGCUGGGCAAUAAAAUGAUAACGAUAUAUAUCAAAAAUUAAUUUAUCUCAAUAUCAAUAUAAAACAUGGUCAAUAUGAUCUUUGAUAGUCGGCAUUCUGCCAUGUUUUGGUAGACUAUACGAAUAGCCAAUAAAAAGGGGAGUUGCUCCAGGUUGCGCCGCACUGAACCAAUCGUGCUGAAUUAGAACCAAGUGGCGAACAACCGUGUAGUCGCAGACUGCAGCUAUAUGCAACCAUAGCACUGUAACACGUGAAGCUGACAGCACUGUUGGUGAGAAAAAAGGAAAACGAGUGCUACCCCCGGCAGAAAUGCAGAUGAAGAUAGACAAGUGAUUUUUUUAUAUGGUGAUGCGUAUCGAUAUGGACUGAUAUGAAAAAAAAUAUCCCAUUAAUGCCUGAAACCACAAAUUAUGGCCAGAAAAUUAAAAAAAAAUUUGAGCUGAAAUGUUUAUUUUCAUUUUCGACUAAAAACCAAAAAAAUCAAAUGUCCUUAAAAUUGAACAAAUAUAUUUAUUUAUCUCGUUUGAUACAUUAGAUGUUUUUGGAAACUGAUAAACCACAAGAGGACAUUUUUAUUAUUUAUCAGACUGUAUUCAGUUUUUUUUUACUAAUUUGAUGAUCAAAUUGAUUUAAUAGAGGUAUCAUAAAAGUAUGUAUCAAAUAUGAUACAAAAGGUAUUAAAGGGAUAUCGUGAUAAACUUUUUACCAUAUUUCCCAGCCCUAUAUACAAUCCAGUAUGAUAUGGUUCAAUCCAAAAUAUGCUUAGUGACAAUACAACACAAUGGGAUAUGAUAGAAAAUCUGAUCAACCCAGCUGGGUAUGAAGACUAAAGCAGGGAAAAUCCCCAGUCCGGCUCGGUGUCAGACUGCUGUUUGCUGUUAUUGUUCUUGUAUUUUAGGUUUUAAAUGAAUUAGAAAACCGUGGAGCCGAGGAAGACAAAGCCAUCAAUGAUUUUCUACUUUUGGCAGAACCAGGAGAGGAAUUCCUAAACUGAGCCAAUCCCCAAUCCAAUCCUAUCACUUUAGUUAAACAGGGCAGGCACAAUAAAUGGUCACACUUAUCUGAGUGUGAAGAAGCUUAUCUUCUAAAAAACAAAACUACUCCUUUCAAAAGAACAGCGCAAACAUAAAAAAACAGUCUCCAGUUUUAGAUAUGAGGAUUACAAUGGAAAAGUCUUUGUGACCUUUCUGAAUCUAGGUUUCAUAACUGAACGCUGCUUUACGCCUGCCGUCUUUGACCUCUCAUCCUCUCCCGCCACGAGCCACUGACAGAUUGAGAGUUGAUAGUUUGAGUCCGUCACGCCGUGUUACUCCGCGGAACGUCCUCAUUCCUGCGUCUCCUCUCAUCACGGCCUCUUGACCUAUCGGCAAAUGCAACAGGCACACCUCAAACUCAUGACCCUGUUUGCUUACAGAUGGAAAAAAUGCGUCCUGCAGCCGAAAUAGAACGUUUUUGUUUGUCCGUUUCAGAACAUCCUGAAGAGAACAAAAGAGGGGACCAACGAGGAGCAGACGGCUUCUAAGGCUUUGGCCUCGGUGUCGAAGGUAAACUCGCCUCACUCCUCACCUCCACAAAUCCUGAUCAUUUGAGCCUCGAGUGCCUGGCAUGCCUCUGGAUACUUGACGUCAGCCAUUGUUUGGGUGAAGGCUUUUCUAUUGAUUGGGCUCCUCUGUGACAGUGAGUCAUCGGUGUCACGGAGGACAAAGGCAGACUGAGGCAGAGUUUCCACAAAAAGGAAGAUAUUUGAAUGUUUUUGUUGAGGGAGUGAACCCAAUACUCUCAGUGAGACUGCUGCAGGCAACGUUACAAAAUCUCGACUGACUCAGAGUUUGUACAGUAAUCUUCCUUUUUCCCUUCACAGAUUAUUGAUGAAUGUAACACACAAGUCGGAAAGAUGAGACAGAUGGAGGAGCUGAUUUACCUCUCUCAAACCCUGGAGUUUGAUAAGCUCAAGGUAGAUUUCACAGACCUCAGAGUCUUUAAAGAAGAAAAAAUAAAGAGGGAUAAACGAACAUCUGUGUUUGUUUUUUCUCCUCCAGGCCAUCCCCAUCAUCUCCCAGACGCGGUUCCUGGAGAAGAAGGGAGAGCUGCAGGAAAUGUCCAGAGGAGCAACUCUCUUCAACAUGAGAGGAAAGUUCACACCCAUCUACCUCUUCCUCUUCAAUGAUAUGCUCCUCAUCGCUGCCAAGAAAGGGUGAGGGGAAAGAAAGGAUUCUCAAUGCCUCAGAAAAAGAAAACUGAUGUUAGAUUUCCUUGGAUCUCUCUGAUGAUUUCACCUGCAAACACUGAAACGUUGUCUUAAAAUGUCCUUUUGUAAGUUGUUUUCUAAACCGAACCUGAGGGUGUUUCUUUGACUUUUCAUCUUAGACUUCAUGGUUUCACUUUAACCUUCUUAAUAGCAAUGAUAUUCAUGAGUCAUGCUCCAGUACACGCCGUUUUUAAGCCGCACACACGUGAUCAUAGGUGUUUCCACUUAAAGGUGUGAGCUGUCUCUGAGUGGCCUACAUAAACACUCAGAGUCAUUUCAAAAAUGCAAUAAUUGCUGCAGACAAUAGAAACAAACAUACACGAUACACAGAUAAUGUCUCUGAUUCUUGUCGUGAUAACCAGUCAGUCAAGUGUUUCCCGAAACAGAAGCUAUUUUACUUUUUUAAUACUUCUUUUUUUCUUUGAACAGGCCGGAGCGUUUCGUGGUGCUCGACCACGCCCACCGCUCUCUGGUGCAGGUGCAGCAGGUCGACGAAGGUGGGAGCAGCAGCACCCCCCUCGAGCACUGCUUCAACCUCACGCUGCUGGAGAACCACCAGGGACGCAUGAUGGAGAGGCUGAUCAAAGCUCCGUCUCAGUAAGUCGCCGCAGACCGCCGUCGAUAUAAUCCUAAAUAUGUGCUGACGUGACAAAAGGUAUGUUAACGAGCUGUCUCUGCGACAGGUCGGACAUGCACAGGUGGAUGGCAGCUUUCCCAAACCCCACUAACCCGAACAGAGACGACGAUGAAGUGAUUUACGAGGACUGGGGUGAGAGAAAGCUCGCACCUAAAGUGGAAGUGCUGCAUACUGUUGUGUUACAUAACCCAAAGUUGCUCAUGGUUGUAUUUGUGUGUGUUUGUGUGUCAGACUGUCCUCAGGUGCAGUGUGUGGAGCAGUACGUCGCCCAGCAGGCAGACGAGCUCACCCUGGAGCCCACUGAGAUCAUCAACGUCAUCCGUAAAACCAAUGAGGGUAAGAAUGAGGAGGAAGUACCAGACCGGUGUUUGGUUUAUUUAUCUAUUCAUUAGGCUUUCAAGCUCCUGUUGGAGUGUUUAGCUGAUCUUAAAGUAGACUUAAAGGGAUAUUCUGGCGUGAAAUUAAGUUAGGGUCAAACACACCGUAACACAGAGUUAGACACCCCAUCGAGAGAUGAAUGUUGCCGACCACUUGCUUCUCUACUUAUACCAACUUUAGUAACGACCGCAAGAUAGCAAUACACAGCGGUCUGAGGAGCCAUAAACAAACCUCAAACGAAAUGCCACAGAUAAUGCUCAGAACAGCACCUAACUUCAUCAACAGUACAUAAAGGGUCCUAGCCAUAGUACUAGCCACCAAACACCCCAAAGUUUCUUUUUAACUUUGCCUAAUUUCUUCGGCAAAGAGACUAAACACAACUCACCUACUCUCUUCCAGCAGCCACUUGUUUGUAGUGAGACCUCGGGCCAGUCCAUUAUAGACUGCUGCGGGGUGACGCAGCUCAAGGAAGAACAUUUAUGAUCAUUUCCUCAUGGAAAUGCAAACUGAUCGAGGUGCUAAGGCAGAAGAACUACCACGUCUGCAUUGCAAAAUGAUUAAUAUGAUGAUUAUUACUUAAAAGAAAUGCUAAAGUAAUAAUCAUAAAUGUUCUUCCUUGAGCUGCGUCACCCCACUAUAGUCUGUUAUGGACUGGCCUGAGGUCUCGCUACAAACAAGCGGCUGCUGGAAGAGAGUAGGUGAGUUGUGUUUAGUCUCUGCAAAAGAAAUUUGGCAAAGUUAAAAAGAUGGUUGGUGGCUAGUGCUAUGACUGUGACCCUAUAUGUACUGUUGAUGAAGUUAGGUGCUGUUCUGAGCAUUAUUUGUGUCUAUAGAGUGGUGUUUUGGUUGAGGUUUGUUUACAGCUCCUCAGACCGCUGUGUUUUGCUAUCGUGCGGUUGUUACUAAAGUUGGUGUCUAACUCGGUGUUACGGUGUGUUUGACCCUAACUUAAUUUUACGCCGGAAUAUCCCUUUAGAUUGACACUGAUUCGUGAGAAACAAACAGGACCAGCAAUGAGAUAAAAGUUUCAAUUCUGUCCGCAGAGGGGCAACAAAAUCAAGUUCCUCACAUGAGCUUUAAACUGGAAUUAAAAUCUGUAGAGAAGAUGAUCAACCUUAAAGGUUUUUAGACAGGUUUCCUAUCAGAAAAGUCUAACUUCCUGACAUGCCUCUGUGUAAUUAACACGCCCCCUCCUGACUCUGACCCUGAUCCUUAUAACUGCCUCCUCCUCCACCCUCCACCUUAGCAGUUUAUUAAUUUUCUUACGACUUUUCUUGCAUGAAAACAGAAACGUCCAAUCUCCCCUUGUUUGUUCCCCCUCCCUCUUCCCGGUCCUCCCCUCUCCUCUUAUUUCCUCCUCUCCCUCCCAGGGUGUUACGAAGGAAUCCGCCUGUCAGACGGCCAGAAGGGCUGGUUCCCUGUCAACCACGUCAUAGAGAUCACCAAUGAGCACGUGCGGCGUAGGAACCUGAGAGAGCGCUACAGAGUCAUGCAGGCGGCGAGCAUGGUGACAAACAGCAAGGCCAGCAACUAGGAUGGACCACAAACUGUGGGGUGGACAAAUCCUGGAUGUUUACAUUUUUGUUUACAAAGAUAAUUCGCGGUAAUUUCCACGCUGGCAGGAAAUAAAUGUUAAGAAAUCCAAGAUAAAGGAUCAAAAAACAUCGUAAAAGAUCUGCAAUCACCUCCUUACCUUGACCCCUGGAGGACCUGAGUGUGCACUUACUGUAAGCAGCUGGGAGUGUGAGGUAGAUCUUUAACUUGACACUUCAAGGACUUCUGCAGAGGAGUCUGUGAAUUAGUGAACAUCAGCGUCUCGCAGCAUCACACCUGCAGAGACUUCCUUCUCUCUAGAGUGUACAAACGUAAAUACUGAACAUUCUGGGCAUUACUUCAAGACAAGAAAUAUCAGUCCACCGCGAAGAAAAGAUCGAGGCUGUUCCUGUGAACGCCUCUUGUGACAUAAUCAUCUGUGAAGUAAUCAACAGCUGGCUGUGAGCCGCUUUAGAGACACGAUUCCAUGAUUUGACGUCUUAAUGAUAGAAAAAACAAAAGAACACACCUUGACUGAAAUUAAAGUGUUUGAACAUGAUCUCAAAACAAGACAAAUCCAAUCAGGAAGUGCCUUUGAAUGAACUCAAACUACAGAACAAGUAUUUAAAACUCACGUCAAGCUCAGAAACUUUCACAAUGCAUGUAAACAUAGGCUUGGAUAAGACCAUAGCGCCCCCUGCUGCUUUUAGUAUAUGUGGAUAUGCUGGAACUGUAAAAUAUGUUGUAAAUAAUAAGUGGGGGAUUGUUUCCUUCAAUAACAGUAGUGGUGCUUUUAAUAAAAAAAUGACUCUUUU